GUAUGAAUAAUUUCCUGUUAACAUGAGUUGGGCCAGGAAAUUUAGCUUUGAGAAUUAGAGAUUGAACAGAAAGAGUUCCUCUAUUAUACUGUGAUUUGUUUUGCUCAUGGUAUAAACAAUUUCUGAUUGUUAAUGCAAUUUAAAAUGGUAAGUGCACAAUGGAACAUUCAGGAAGGCUGAUGGAAGGAAAGCUGUGAUCAGCUCAGGAAAUCUGUAACCCUUUGGACGCGAUUACAUGAGGAAGUACAAUCCACACAAUGUUGAAUUCUAUGUUCUUCUCAUAAGACAUGGCUAACAGAGAGGAGGGCUAAGGGUCCCCUCGUGACCCCCAGACCAGGACUGUACCCCCGGGGCCUCAGCAAUGGAGGAGGAGGAAAGUAGGGAGUGGCUGUAUGACCUCCUCAGUGAGGUUCAACUCGGACAGUUCUUUUCCAAAUUACGGGACGACCUCCAGGUCACGCAACUCUCACACUUUGAGUAUGUUAAGACUGAGGACUUGGAGAAGAUUGGUAUGGGAAAACCUGCCAUCCGACGCUUACUGGACGCAGUCAAGAAAAAGAGGGCCAGUAAAAAACCCAAAAUACUAGACAAAAUUCUCUCAGGAACAGCCAAGAGGAUGACCGAGGAUGUAACAAAAUCCUCCUCCCCCUCCUCACUUCCUCAUCACCACGGGGAGCAGUCCUUAACCUGCCUCAUUGAUAAGAAGCAGCUGAUGUUGUGGGGAAAGCUGGGUAAUGGAUCAUUUGGAGUGGUGCGGGAGGGUGAAUGGACCACCCCCAGUGGUCGUAAGAAGAAGGUGGCCGUUAAGGUGUUACGAGCGGAUGCCCUCGCUCAGUCCGGGGCUUUUGAGGACUUUGUUAAAGAAGUGAACGCCAUGCAUAGUCUUAAUCACCCAAAUUUAAUACAGCUGUAUGGCAUUGUUCUCUCCUCACCACUGAUGAUGGUGACAGAACUGGCCCCUGGAGGAUCUUUGUUGGAACACUUGAGGAAGGAGCAGACAACUCUCCUUAUAUCCACCAUGUGUGACUUUGCUAUACAGAUAGCCAAUGGAAUGAGCUAUUUAGAAUCCAAGCACUUUAUUCACAGAGAUCUGGCCUGUCGGAAUGUUCUUCUAGCAUCACCACAGAAAGUGAAGAUAGGGGACUUUGGACUAAUGCGAGCUCUGUCACAUCAAGAGGAUCAUUAUACUAUGUCAGAAACAAAGAAAGUCCCAUUUGCCUGGUGUGCCCCAGAGAGCCUGAAAAUCCGUAAAUUUUCUCAUGCUAGUGACACGUGGAUGUUUGGAGUGACAUUAUGGGAGAUGUUUACAUAUGGCUCAGAACCGUGGAUGGGUUACAAUGGUUCCCAGAUCUUACAGAUGAUAGAGGAAGGUGAGAGACUCCCUAAGCCAGACUACUGCCCAGCUGAUAUAUUUACUCUUAUGUCACAGUGCUGGGCCCUGAAACCUCAGGACAGGCCAACUUUUCAGGCCCUCAAGGACUUUCUUUGUGAGAUGAGGGCACAAGACGUCAAAGUUAUAACAGAAUUUGUGGAAAAGGAUCAUUUAGAGAUAUUAGAGGGGGAUAUGGUCACAGUUAUAGACGGAAGACCUGACUGUUACUGGUGGAAAGGUCAGAACAAGAGGACCUGUGAGGUGGGGACGUUCCCACGCCACUGUGUGGACCCUCAACGCAAACGAACAGGAAAUGACAUCAGUCAGCCUUUGAAGAAUAGUUUUAUUCAUACUGGUCAUGGGGAUCCAGGUGGAAAAUCGUGGGGGGAUCCAGCAGCUAUUGAUGAGGUGUACUUACGAAAUCCAAUGGAACCACCAGAUCUACACAAACCUAACUUGGUCUCUAAACAGUUCAAGAAAAAUCAGCUGACACAGAGCCUGAGUGCUAGACAGCAGUUCAGUUACUCUAAGUUUGUCAAUGAAGUGGACCAUGACCUUGCAGUGAGAAAAUACCCCUCCACCUUACCCAAGUCUGUAGCUGUGGUGGGGGCCACUCCAAAUCCUCGGAUAGAUGAGAAAUCAGCUAAUAAUGCUGACGAGAGUCUUCUGAUUGACUUCAGCGACGAGUCAGAGCUCUGUACUGCUCUGAAAAAGCCAGUACCCAAUACACUGAGUUUAUUUGACACACUAACAUCAUCUGAUAAUUGUGCACAGUUGGACCGACCAUUGAUCCAAGAUUCAAAUGCACCAAUAGACCCGUUUGACACGCGGUUCUCAUUAAGGUCCAACUAUAGCAUGAAUCCCUCCCCAGUUCCCAUAAUCCCUCAGCCUGUGACUCAAAACAAUGCAAACUCUACCGAAGUAGACAAACAAAACAUUUUCACUCCAUCGUUUUCUUUGCCAUUACCUGAGAAAACUCACCCCAACAGACCACCAGAGUUGGCAUCAUUUGAGGCCAGGAGGAGUCAAAUAGAGGAACAAUUAGGCAGUAAUCCCCUUCAUCAGUGUCGAACUAACGAACUUAAUGUGGGAACCUAUGUCACAGGAAGUCAGGUUCAUGUGGUGAACAAUUUACACCAGGAGGACAAAAAUGUGUAUUCUAAAACGAACAAGAAAACUACUGAUAAAGCUUUUGAUUGGCUUAAUGAUGCAAUGACUGGUUUUGGAGUUUCAAAGGAAAAACACUACAGCAAUGUCGCACCAUUAUAUGACGAGGUUCCUAUUGAAGAGGAAUCUAAUUCUAAACAGGACAUUUUACUCAAAACUAAAAACUCCUUGAGCUACAGUAGUCGGCCAUUGUAUGAUGAGGUGCCAGACGAGACAAAUACAAGUGUUGUUAACAAUUUACAAACUUCAUCUGUCUGCAGCAAUGUUCCUGGGUCCUCAUCUGGUGAUAGACUACAUAAGAUUAAUAAUAACUCCCUCAACAAAAACAGUCGGCCAUUGUAUGAUGAAGUACCAAAUGAGGAAGAGAGUGAUGUUAAAAACGUUACCAUGCCAACCAAUUCAAGUGCUAAUCAAAAUUAUGCUCCGCCUAGUGCUACAUCUGAUGAUGACUUUGACUUUUUCGAUUCGGAUUUUGAUGAUGAGGAGGAAGAAGAAGAAGAAACUGUUGUAGGAGCUACGGCCCGCCUCAUGAAAUCUGAAAACCUUGAAAAACCCCCUCCAUUGCCCCCUAGAGAUUAUCUGUCAAACAGUUUAGAUUCCCGGAGAGAUGCUUUGAAAAAGAAAAAUGAAAAAGCUAGAAUCUUUCCUGUUCUUCAGGAUGGUAAACAAAUGAGCUCUACUCACUAUUUUCUGAUCCCACCAAAGGGAUGUGAUAAUAAUCGUACAAACACCGCUGCUGUACGCCCUUUCUCUGUGGACGGGAACCAGCUAGAUCACAGGAAACAGAGACCACACACAAUGUCUGAAUAUCAAAAUAUAUCUGAUGGUGAAACAUCAAAUUGUAAACAAAUAAACAAAACUCAGUUGGAAAAUGGCGAUAGGUUGUCCUGGUCUGGAAUGACAGGGAUGAAACCCAUCGGGAGAAUAUCCAACGAUUUAGGCAAAUCCAAAUCUAAUAACAGAACCGUACCCCGUUCUAUCCCUAACUCUACCAAGUCUGUGGAACCCAAUUUUAUGUCAUCAUCUCCUAGGGAUAAAGUACUGCUGGUGCAGAACAGUGUGAUGGGAGUGACGGAUGAAGAAUGCCACGCGGCAUUGUGUCAGACAGCCUGGGACGAAAAAGCGGCUAUGAAAUACUUGAAAACAGAGCAGCUCUUUCGACUUGGUCUGACUUCGCGCGAAGACUGUGAACGACUUUUAGAAGCGUUGAAUUGGAAUUUAGAGCUUGCCAGCUCAGUACUGCUGGAUGAAUUCCGAAGUAGGAAAAAAUCGGUCGAGUCAACGGUUUAACAUUGUGCCACAAUAUACCUUCAUAGUCAGCCAUCUUAUUUAUUGCCAGUCAUGUUUAGUGGUUAGAAAUUAUAUGAAGUCAUUGUUUGUAAUACAUGUCAUGUUUUUUUUUUAUCUGAGCAUGAGAUAAUAUUUAAGAAAUCAGGCCCUGGGAUCAUGAUACAUCUUAAGCUGAAGUCAAAAUCGUUUUAUUAUACUUAUUUAAUAAAUGUUUCGAAAGUUUAGCAGAUCAAAAUUAAAACAUUCACAAAAGUCUUGUUAUUUGCAAAUUUCCUGAUUAAUUCAAUAAUAAUAAAUAUUUUCCAUGCGAUUGAAAAUUUAAAAUUAAGUCCAGGUCUGUUUCAUGAUCCUGGAACCUGAAUUUACAUCACUCAGAAAUUUUUUUUUAAUAUAAUAGAACUUUUCCAGUUCAUAGAUUUUGUUAUGUAAUAAAUAUAGGGGAAAUAAUAAAUUUACAGAAAAGGAAAAUAUAUUUAACCAAGAAAUGAAAGUUGAGUAAAAAUUUUAAGAUAUACACAUGCAGAAGUACAUGUAUUUUUAUUAUUUUUUUUUUUUAACUGAAUACCAAAGAUCCGGUUUUUGUACCCAUAUGUAUUAUUAAUUGAUAUUUACUGACAUUGAAAUCUGGUUGAUAUGUCUUCAUACCAUUAAGUCCAUUUGUUUUAUGUCAUCUAUUUUUAGUUGUGCAUUUUAAUGAUUUAUUACGUACUUUCUUUUAUUGAAUGAAUAAAUCAAAAAAGUCACUGCAAACUGAGGGGUUUUUUUACCAUUGUCUAUACAAAGUGCAUGUUACAAAGGCUGAUUUUAUCUGUUUAUGCCAAUUAGACUGCUGAAUUAUAAGAUCAUGAGUCACUCCAAUGAUCUAUUACUAUGGGUUCUUGUUUUCUGUAUUUUUGAUCAAAUGAUUAUUCUUAUCCUUCUCUAUGAUUGUGAGAGUAAGGGUUUUUAAAAUAUGAACAUUAUUAAAAAAAUCCAGCUCAAAUUUUGUAAACUUACAGUUACACUUUAAAAUCUUAAAGUUUGUAAAAUUUUAAACAUUUUGAGUUUUCCUCUCUGGUUUAGCUGAACCAGUUUCAUAUUUGAUGUAGCAUCUGAUGUUAAACAACUUUUGGAUUUCUUGUUUUUUUCUUCAUGCUUUUAAGUAAGAGGCAAAAUGUUUGCAUCAUUAUAAUGAGGAGGUGAAUAGUUUUGAGCAAAAUUGUGGUCCUAUGUCCAUGUUGAAGGUUGUUUGAUAAGUUGGAGUAAAAUCAAUCUAGACAAGUCACUAGCUUCAUGAAAUGCUGUCAAUAUAAUCGUAAUCAGUCGUGGGUUUCCGACAAUGAAUUUUAAUUAUGGUAGAAAGUUAUAAUUAUGCAGAAUUAAAUUUUGGUUUUAGUCAUAAGUUUUUUUUAUAACGGGUCCCCUGGACCAGUAAUUUAUGCCAUGUUGAGUUCAAAUUCCAGGUGGGGUAAAGUUGUUCCUAGCUGAAGAAAGUUAUGAUCCUCAGAUGACCUCUUGUAACCUUCAGUAUUAUGAAUGUUUCUCUGUGUCACCAAUCUUUUUUAUCAACAGAACACCUCUAUCUUCAUAUCUUACCACUGCUGCCCAUGGUUCAAUCACCUCUCAGCAUCACCACACAAAGUUUGUAGAGCCAUAUUCAUGAAGGAUUGGUCUUUUAUACUCCAUGUUGUAUAUUUUUGCAAAAAUAAUUCUAUUCAACCUUGUGAAUGUGAUAUUGUUAUGAAAUGAUAUUAUUAUGAGGAUGUAUUUGUUGACAACUUCUGUUUAAGGACUUUGAUAAUUUCUGACAUUUUUUUCGCUUAACUUCAAGUACAAGGCCAGUGAAAAGCUACUAAUCAAUGUGUAGACAUACACAAAAUACACAUGUAAUAAAAUUGAAAAUUUA